AUGUUUUCGGCCAUUCUUAAAUGGGAAGUAAACAAUAAAUUCUCGUGCUGCGGUGGAACGCCGAUGCUCGCAAUGUCUGUGCUGUGCACCCGGGUAGUGAUUGUCUCGCAUUGUGCGGUGGAUUGGGACCAGGCCAAAGCGCGGCAACGCAGGUUCGCCUACGCAUGGCUCGAGCGCCGCACUAAUGUUGCGCGUCGUGUCGCCUCGGUUGUUCUAAGAAACGGGACG